AUGAUGGAAUACGGAAGAACGCGCAAAGGGCCGCUGCUUGGAGGUCGCCAGGGCGCGUCUGGAGCUGGCGCUGGACGCGACAGCAUGCGAACCGCCAGCCGAGCGCGAGGUGCUGCACGACCACCCAGCAGCCCCUCGCAUCCAUCAUCCCCACUAGCUGGUUUGGUGUCAGCAGGGUCCUCGCGGGCCCAGCAACCGUCACCUGCCACUGGUGGAGUACGCCGCAUGCGUUGCACAACCCAGAUGCACAGCAACGCAUUGCGGGCGUAUUUUAGGGCGAAAGGGGGAGAAACUGGAGGUUUUGCGUAUCGGGCAAGGAUGCAUCGACUUUUUGCUGAGCUGGAGCCAUCUGUAACCGUCACCGAGCAAAACCUGGCAGACCGAGUUCGGUAUAUCUUGCGCUCAAAUACAUUUGAUGUCACCGAACUCGAACGGCUACGACGUGAGGCUGCUCCUUCAUCGGGUGAAAAUGCUGCGGCUGAGGAUGCGGCGCCACAACUUGCUGAGCAAACGGCAAAUGUGGGUGCCACCGUGAAUAGGCCAGUUGUGGUUGAUUCAAACGAUGACGGAACAGUCGCCCAGGAACUGGAACUAGAGCAAAUGAUACAUUGGAGGAGACGAUUGUGGAAACGCGCAGUAUGCCUCUCGAAAAUCGACUGCGACUUCCCCGCAUAG